AUUACUGCAGGCGACAUUUAAGAAUAUUCUUAUUAGUUUAUUAACAAUAGUUGUGACAGUGUCAUUAACCUACGUAUUCUGGACGAUUCGGCAAUUCAACCGGAUAAUCGCGGUCGGAUUAACUCGACGGUUUUAAGUGGUUCGCGGCGAACGUUAUUACACCGGGCAGCCUGCUCGAUCGUUCUCAUUUCGAUUUGACGUUGCGUGCUAAGCGGAAGAGGCCGGACGAAGACGAUUGUCGACGUGGGCCCGGGGAAUAGAAGAGGAAAGAUGUGUCGGAUCGCGUGUGAGCGCGAAAUCGUAAACGCUCUUGCGCAAAGUGUUAGCUGAACCACGAAUGCCGAAAUGGAGUACGGGGAUAGCGUGCGCUUUGAUAUGAGCGCGAUUGAUUGGAAUUGCGAAUUUACGAUUCCCACAUCUGCCGCUUAUAACUUCUGUGAUUACCUCGCGCCACUAUAAUCGCCGAUAUUAGCAAUGGCCCAGCCGCGCAUUUCAUCGCAUUCUCGUCCCCUAAGCAACUCCUGUACCCGCUUCUACGAAACGUCUUGAUAUAAUUUUUCAUAACUCUAAUGAGUUUCCUAUUGCAAAUUAAUUAGCACUUAAGUAUUAACGUACUUAUAUUCCCUCUCUUCCAUUCUUUUCACUUUGAUUAGAGAUGUACAAUAAAUACAAAUCAUUCAUAAUGAGCUGUUUUCAUUAGAAUAAAUUGUUUUGCCAAAACCGCAAGGUGAUAUUUGCUAAUGAAAUAUCGAUGCAAUUCAUUCGAAGGAUGUUGCAUAACGUGUUAUUGGAAGCGGUUUGAUGUCGCAAGUGUCGCGAAGUAUUUGCAGUUAAAUGAAAUUCAAUGUGAGGACCAAUAGGAGAAGAGGCAGACUAUUACGUGCAUGCCUGCAGUAGCAUGUACAGACAUGUAUUCCUGCAUAAAUGAAACCUUGAACCAAACUUCUCUUGCCCAAUAUGCCAGUUAAAGUGAAAGGAGGUAUUUCUCCCAUAUAACAGAAUUUCCACAGGACUGGUUCAGUUUCGAUUAGUGUCGCCCGCCGCGAAAACAAGUUAAUGCGAGACACAGUCGAUUAAUAAAUCAUAGAAAACUCAGUAAAAUACUUACAGUCAAUAUUUAUGCGAGAUUCAUUGAUUUGUGGUGCAUCCAUCUUGGAUUGCUCUUUGAAAGAUGUAAAAAGUUUCUUUAAGAUAUAAAAGGGGAUUCCUGUAGUACAGUACAGUACAGUAAAUUUUUUAGAAUAUUUCUGUUACCUUCAUGAUAUUGCCAUUAAUUAACAAAUAAAUAAUGUGGUUUAUAAUUCUUUGCUUGGUGAUAACAUUCACGAUAAAAAUCUUACUUGACUGGCGUCGACCACCGAUGUUUCCUCCAGGACCUCGCGGCUUACCGAUCCUGGGAAACAUACUCGAUGUAAAACGUUUGGUCGACGAGACGAAGUUUUAUUCUUACGCCUGGUGUCGAUUAGCCGACAUUUACGGACCCAUCGUCGGCUUGAAACUCGGCAUAGCCGAACCGCUGGUCAUUGUUUCCGGUAAGGACGCGGUAAUCGAGAUGAUGAAUCGACCUCAGUUUGACGGCAGACCUAAUGGAUUCGUACAUAAACUUCGAACAGGGGGUGAACGCAGGGGUGUACUGUUCACCGAUGGCGAUAUCUGGCGAGAUCAAAGAAGAUUUGUUCUGAGAACAUUGAAGGAAUUUGGAUUCGGAAAUGUUACAAUGGAGGACAUAAUAUUAAACGACGCGGCUUCCUUAACGACGAUGAUAGAAUCACUGGCUAAAUCGGGGCCCAUUACCAAUUUGUACAAUAUUACCUCCAUCGCCGUCCUCAACAGUUUAUGGACUUUGCUCGCUGGGUCAAGGUUCGACUUGGAGAAUCCAAAAUUAACAGAGGUUUUAUCAGUGCUAAACGGCAUUAUCAGAAACACCAACGUCACCGGCGGCAUAUUGACCCACUUGCCAUUUUUAAGAUACAUUAUCCCAGGGUUAUCCGGGUUUACCGCACUAAAUCAAAGAUUGACACGGUUGUGGCAAUUCAUCGGGUCUGAAAUAACGAAGCACAAGCAAACUAGAGCGCACGGCGAGUUCAGAGACUUUAUCGAUGUUUACCUAGCGGAAAUGGACACCAAGCAAUCAACCUCGACCGUAUCGUCUUUUGAUGAAAAUCAAUUAAUUAGUGUUGUGAAAGACCUCUUCAGCGCCGGUGUGGAAACGACAAACAAUACAAUUGGCUUCAUAAUCGCGUAUCUCAUAGUGAAGCAGGACGUGCAAAGAAAAGUACACGAGGAAAUCGACAGGGUGUUAGGCAAAGAACUCUUACCUCGUGUAGUGUACAAAAAUCGAAUGCCGUAUUUGAACGCGACAAUAGCUGAAGUAAUGAGACUGUCUAACGUCGGUCCCACUUCAAUUCCUCAUCGAGCGACGGCCGAUUCCAUUCUGUUGGGCUACGAGAUAAAAAAGAAUUAUACCUUGCUGGCUAAUUUGCGGAGCGUGCAUAUGGACGAGCAGCAUUGGGGAGAUCCACAGAUAUUUCGGCCCGAGAGAUUUAUUAAUGACCAAGGAGAAUACAUCGAGGAUCCUUGGUUAAUACCGUUCGGUUUAGGUCAUAGGAAGUGCUUAGGCGAGGUCCUGGCAAGGAACAGCGUAUUCUUGUUUACUGCGAGUCUAUUGCAGAAAUUUCAAUUUGUGUUGCCCCAGGGACAUCCCGAGCCCAUUUUAGACGGUGUUGACGGCUUUACGAUCGCACCACCUCAUCUAAGUGUUAUUGCUAUCAAGAGAAAAUAACUGUCUUAACUAUUAAGGUAUGCGACAUGAAUGCGAGACAAUAUAAAAUAUAACAAAACAACAUUUUGUAUGGCAAGGAAAUAAUUGUAGUAU